AUGAGAAGACCAGCACAACUAAUCAGACCCAUAGAAGUUCUGGUCCACAGAGUUUGGAUGUCUGAGAACCAAAGCCACUCCACCAGUCCUGCCUGAGGUCCCAUGGAAGUGGCCAACAAUGUCACUGAGUUUAUAUUCUUGGGACUUUCUCAAGAUCCUGGAACACAAUUGAUGUUCUUUGCUCUAUUUCUUUUCUUUUAUACUGUGAUUAUGGUGGGAAAUUUUCUCAUUUUCUCGGUCUUUUCUGAUCCCCGGCUUCACACACCCAUGUAUUUCUUUCUCAGUAAUCUGUCUUUUGUAGAUGUUGCCUAUUCCUCAGCCACAGCACCCAGGAUGAUUGCAGAUUUUGUUUCGGAAAAAAAGACUAUUUCCUACUGGGGUUGUAUAACUCAGAUGUUUACCUUCCACUUUUUUGGCUGUGAAGAGGUUUUUGUUUUGACUGUCAUGGCUUUUGAUCGCUAUGCUGCUAUCUGCCAUCCCCUUCGUUAUACUGCCAUCAUGAGUGCCAGUGCUUGUACUCUACUGGCAGUACUGUCCUGGUUAGGAACCCUGGGCCGUUCUUUUGUUCAGACCCUCCUGACCUUCCAGCUACCCUUUUGCAAUGCUCAGAUCAUAGACCACUACUUUUGUGACGUUCACCCAGUCCUAAAACUUGCCUAUGCUGAUACAACUCUGGUAAAUAUGUUGGUGGUUGCCAACAGUGGUCUCAUUUCUCUGGGGUGUUUCCUCAUUCUUCUGGCCUCCUACACAGUCCUUCUGUUUAGUCUUCGGAAACCAUCCGCAGAAAGUCGACACAAAGCUCUCUCUACCUGUGGAUCUCAUCUGACUGUCGUAACUUUCUUCUUUGUCCCUUGUAUCUUUAUCUAUCUUCGUCCAUCCACUACUUUUCCACUGGAUAAGGCUGUGUCUGUGUUCUAUACUACUAUCACACCAAUGCUAAACCCAUUCAUCUAUACUCUGAGUAAUGAGGGUGUAAAGAAGGCCAUGAAGCGACUAUGGAGUCGCAAGGUCUCCUGGAUGGAAAAGCAAAAGGGAUAG